AUGUCUGAAACCCAAGAAGUCCCAGAAGUCCAAGAAGUUGUUGAAACUAUUGCCCCAGUUGUUUUGGCUACCGAAAUUCCAGCUGAUGUCGUUGCAGCCCAAGCUGAAAUCAAGUUAUUCAACAAAUGGUCCUUUGAAGAUGUUGAAGUCAAAGAUGCAUCUUUAGUUGAUUACAUUCAAAUUUCUCAACCAAUUUACGUAGGUCACACUGCUGGUCGUUACGCCAACAAGAGAUUUAGAAAGGCUCAAUGUCCAAUCAUUGAAAGAUUGACCAACUCUUUGAUGAUGAAUGGUAGAAACAAUGGUAAGAAAUUAAAGGCCGUUAGAAUUAUCAAACACACUUUGGAAAUUAUCAACAUUUUGACUGACCAAAACCCAUUGCAAGUUGUUGUUGAUGCUAUUGUCAAUGCUGGUGCCAAAGAAGAUACUACCAGAGUUGGUGGUGGUGGUGCUGCCAGAAGACAAGCUGUUGAUGUUUCUCCAUUGAGAAGAGUUAACACUGCCAUUGCUUUAUUGACUAUUGGUGCUAGAGAAGCUGCUUUUAGAAACAUCAAGACUAUUGCCGAAACUUUGGCUGAAGAAUUGAUCAAUGCUGCUAAAGGUUCUUCUACUUCUUAUGCCAUCAAGAAGAAGGAUGAAUUGGAACGUGUUGCUAAAUCUAACCGUUAA